AUGUCGGACGAUGUGGAGCCACAGAUUCGCGACAAGUAUGAGCUUCACAAGCGGCUGGGCAAGGGUGCCUACGGCAUCGUCUGGAAGGCGACAGACAAGAGGACCAAGGACACGGUUGCCUUGAAGAAGAUCUUCGACGCCUUCCGCAAUCAGACCGACGCUCAGCGAACGUUCCGUGAGAUAAUGUUCCUCCAGGAGUUCGGGCGACAUCCCAACAUUAUCAAGUUGUUCAACAUUUUACGUGCCGAAAAUGAUAAGUAUGUGAUUUUGUAUGGUACAUUUCUGAUAAGCAUACCUAACGUAAUUUCUGCAUGAGAAUAGAUUAUGUUUUAUCUCAUAGGGACCUAAAGCGACUUUCGAUACACAUACAAUGACUUUUAGGGACAUUUACUUGGUCUUUGAAUACAUGGAAGCAGAUUUGCAUAAUGUGAUAAAGAAGAUGACGAUCCUCAAAGAUAUCCACAAACAGUACAUCAUGUGCCAACUGUUCCGUGCUGUCAGAUACCUACAUUCUGGGAAUGUGCUACACCGUGAUCUGAAGCCGUCAAAUGUUUUGUUGGAUGCUGAUUGUCGGGUCAAGUUGGCUGACUUCGGUUUAGCUAGGUCGUUAAGUCAAGUAAGUAGUUUUUUUUACUUUUAAUUUGAAUGAUAUUGUCAAGUACUUAUGAUCUUACUUAUUUGAAUGAUUUAUGUGCAACUUGAUGUAGUUUUUUAAUCUUGGGCCUUUUCAGCUCGAAGACUACCCUGAAGGACAGAAUAUGCCCGAGCUAACAGUAAGUAAUCAUUCCACAGUCUAACCACUAUCUUCAGGAAUACGUAGCCACCAGGUGGUAUCGCUCGCCGGAGAUCCUGCUGGCUGCCAGACGAUACACCAAAGGUGUAGAUAUGUGGAGUUUGGGAUGUAUUUUAGCGGAAAUGCUGCUCGGACGGGCGCUCUUUCCCGGCAGUUCAACCAUAAAUCAAAUAGAGCGUAUAAUGAAUUCAAUAAACAAGCCCAGCAAGGUGAGUGCAAUAACAACCCCCGCCAUUCUUGCAGAGUGACAUAGACAGUAUUGGCUCCCAUUAUGCUCAAUCCGUCCUCGAGAAGAUGCCUCAACGUCCCAAGAAGCCCCUGGACGUCCUGCUACACUGCACCAAUCCUCACGCGGUCGAUUUGGUCAACCGACUGCUGCUGUUCGCUCCACACAAACGACUGAACGUAGAACAAUGCCUUGUACAUCCAUACGUGUUACAGUUCCACAACCCGGCCGAAGAGCCGGCCUUACAUUACGAUGUUACACUACCAUUGCCCGAUCACAUACAACUCAGUGUUCAAGAGUACCGAGACAAGUUGUACGAGAUGAUCGUAUCCAAAAAGACAAAUAUACGACGAAUACAACAUGACAAACCCAUUAAACCUCAAGCCCAACGCACGGUCUAUCCUCAAGAAGAAGUUCGGCCGCCGAGUCAGAAGAAGACCAACGGCUACGUUAAGAAUGCAGAAGAACCGAAGCAGAUUCAGUACCGUCAGAGACGUGGAUCGAGUUCGAACACUCCGCCAGAGGUGAAUGAAUUGCCUAGAAGUAAGAGCUACACGAGCACGUUAAACAACGGCUAUGAUAAGAAGGUACCUGAGCCAGUGAGGAGGCCGAGUAUCGAGAAGAACGAGGAAGUGAUCAGGUAGGAACGACGUUCUCACGGUGGGAAACGUUGUGUUAUACAUGUAGAUUGCGCUUAUUAGAUAAAAGAAAGCCUUGAGUUAUGUGAACUAAAAAAUAUUAAAAUUUUAAACCAGAAAAUAACUUUUAUGUCUGAAUUUUACUUGCAAAUUUUAAAAUAUCUUUUUCAGAAAAGCCACAUCGACUGGUAAAUUGAACUCGACCCCUCAACGUCGACCGCCAAACCAACAUUAUGUUCAGCCGAACUACCGUGCCGCUCCAAUUGCCCAAGCUGAGUGUUCUGAUACUGACUUUGAUUCAGCACGAUCAGCACGCCACCACGAAGUCAGUAAAAAUCAGAACGGCGAGACACAGAACAUAAAACAGAACGGUGUGGCCAGAUAUUCUCAUCCAAGAGGUAGGGCUUUCACAUGUAUGCAACAUGCACUUAAUUUAUAAAUAGAGUUCUUUGAAAUGGGCACGUCAAUUGAUGUAAUUAUAUGUUAUACUGGUUCGUUACUCAUUAUGACAUAGUAUGGUAAUGUGGUAUGAACAUUACCAUACUGUGAUACGUAGCACGGCUCCCCAAAAAUAGAAAAUUAUUAAAAAAUCGAUUGUAGACAUUUCGUUGUCUCAACUAUAGAUUCGAAAAAUAAAAAAUACAAAAAUGUUGUAAAAUAUAUUUCAACUCACACGAUGUAUAUGUUGUAACACAUGGUUUUACUUUUAAAUUUUGUUUAAAAUAUUAAUUAUGUUUUUCUGCUUCUCUGGGAGCAAACCCGAUGAAAAUCCGUCAAGUUCGGACCCUUUUACAGCCGAAGACGCGACAAAAAAUAAAAAAGCGGCCGCAAUAACGAAAAGUCAAAAAUUAUCGAAAAAGACAAUCGAUGACGAACUUAUAUUUUGAUUGAUUUUACGGUUUGGGGAGCCGUGCGUAGUGCUGUCAUAGGUUACAUUUUGGUUGAGAGUAAAAGUUUGAAGCUUAUAUGACCUGCAGCGCCUCAUAUUUGAAAAAAGUUACUAUUAAUAAGGAUAAUAUAGUAUAAAUUUAUUUCCUUAGUUUAUCAUUAUCAUGUAUAAUAUAUUAGGUCGUUCAAUAAAGAAUGGCUGAUUUUGACCGAAAACUUUAACAAAGCAUAACUUUCUUCAACAACAAGUUUAUAAAUCGAAACAACAACCAUCAGAUUCAGUACAUUUUUGCCAACGUUUGACAAGUUGAUUCAUUCUCUUUUCGUAGAAGUCCGGUCUUCUGGAGACGAUGGAAUCUCCGAAGCCCGUUUUUACAUUACCUUCGGUAUUGAAGCAGUUCUGCCGGACCAACGGGUCCAGAUGCUUGAAACGUUGGUAAUUGGUAGAAGACAAGUUGGGUGAGUAGGGCGAGUGCCAAAAAGUUUUGUAGCCUAGUUCGUGUAGCUUCACCGUGGUCAUCUUCAAAAAGCUGGUCUUUUUGCUUACCUUUAAAUCCUUGUGGAAUCCACUUUUUCAGUGUUUUUAGCUUAUCACUUUUCUCAAGGUGGUUGUAAAUGGUAGUGGAGAAAACAUCCAGCUCAGAAUUAAAUCACGAACAGUAGUACGUGAAGCUUCUUCCACCAUUGCCUUCAGAAUCUCAUCAAUGGAUGACCAUCGAUGACGUAAUUUUCCAAGGUCCCGACGUCAGAACGGAAGCGGCUGAACCAGCGAGACGUAGUCCGUUCGGAAGCUGUUCGUAGCCCAAACGCAUCGUUGAUGUUGCGGGUUGCCUGUGUCGCGUUAUUGCGUAACUUGAACUCUUACAAAAAAUUGCAAAAAUUUGGUGUUUGACCAUCGCCUUUUAAAAAAAUCAUAACUCAAGUAAUAGUUGAUCAAAUUUCACCAAUAAAACAUGAAAAUGAAGCUCACAUUUAGGGCUUUCCAACAACGUAAAAAACCCAACUAUAAAAAAGAAGAAAGUUAUGAAGCGACAAAAAAUUUGCCCGCCAAAAUCAGCCAUUCUUUAUUGAACAACCUAAUACUUAGUUUACCAUAUAUAAUAUAUUUUCAGAACGUGCCCAAAGCGCAGAUACAAAAGGAAAAGAACAGCCUCUGGCCAAAACACAAAAAGAAAUGCGAAGAUCUCACGAUCGUUUGGGCGGCCUUCUGAAUGCCCUCAGGCCAUCGUCCAAGUCGUCUAGUCAAAGUAAACAUUACAGUAAUGGUGGCAUCGCGACCAUUUUGAGUUAA